AUGGGCCUGCACCAGACCACGCUCAGUCUCAGCACCUCGUGGGAAGAUAUGUCUGAAUCCGAGCGCCUCUUCUGGAUUGCUUACGCCAUGGAUAAGCAGAAUGUCUUCCUGGCUGGACAGGCUGGCGAGCUGUACCUCUUCGACUGCAGAUUUCCUCUCCACCCCGUUGACUGCGAGCAUCCGAGUCCGAGACAGCACUUUGGAGCGCUCACGCAUCUCAUGGCCAUCUGGGAAGAUAUCUAUCUGAAGCUGUACUCGCCCCGGUCGACCAUGUACAGCACUGAUUCCCGCUCGUCGCAGGCGCAAACUCUCCGACAGGAACUCGCCAGGUGGGAGGCAGCACAUAACCGCCUACUAAACCCAACCGUCAUCGACAGCACGCACAGUCCGAACCUGAAUCUCCAAUCCUCAACAACAGAACUAACAUACGCCCUCCACGUCACGCACUUGCUCAUCUCCCGCUGCGACUCCUCCCUCCCCAUAGCAAACCGUUACCGCACCCCUUCUCUCGCAGCCCUAACAACAAUAACCUCCUACGACCGUGAUCAUCCCAACACGCACACCCACGCCUCGAUGGCCACAUUAUCUCGAAUGUUCCGCAACUACCCCAUGAUCCCCUUCCACGACCUCUUUAUUUCGCUGUUAACGUCCUCAAAAACAAAACAAAUAUUCAACGAAACAGCCGAGACGCUGCAAGCCACGCACCGUGCCCUCUCAUUGCUCCAGAACGAGCAUUGGUUAGAGAGCUAUUAUAUCAAACUCUACAGCGGGUUCAGCUGGUGUACGGAGCAGGUCGAGAUUCUGUAUACGAUGCUAGCGUAUUUUAGCGAUCAGGGGGCGUGUCCGGACUUGGAGGACUUUGUAGGGAUUGGAAGUGGGAGUGGGAUGGACCUUGAGAGUCUGAUUGCGGCUUAUGAGGCUGAAUGCGGGCACCAGCACUGUGAGCGUGGCCCGGAUGCGGAUGAGAGGACGCGGAUCGAGAGGAUCAUGGGGCUGGGGGAUUCGUUUUUCGAUGUUGCGGGUGGGAUCUUUUGA